AUGGCCAGAACCCUGGUCCUCGUCGCUGUUCUCCUCGCCGCCAGCGCCGGCGCCACGACGGGCGGCGACCACGCUGACCAUCCACAACCUCUGCCCGCACCCGGUGUGGCCGCUGGUGACCCGAACUCAGGCCUCCCUUCCAUCUCCGACAACACUGCGCGCCUCGACCCCAAUGCGCUGCUCUCCCUCACCUUCCCGCCCACCUUCUGGGCCGGCUGCGUCGCGGCGCGCACGGGCUGCGACGCCACCGCGUCGGGAUGCUGGACGGGCUCCGCGCCGCCCGCCACCAUCGUGCAGGUCACCGUCCACGACGGCGGGAGCCUGGACCAGGCCACCUGGCAGCCGCGCCGCCGAGGGUGUGGCGUGCCGUGGCCCACCGGAGUACUUCAAGAACCGGUGCCCGCUCACCCGGACCACGCCCACCGACGUCGAGCCCGUCCCGCAGAGCUGCCGCGCCCCGGGGAGCUCCGGGUCGUCUUCUGUCAGGCGACCAUUGUCACGGGCGACGCCGCCGCCGCCGCUGCCGCCGCAGAAGGCGAGAUGGUCAUCCGCUCUGUCGUCGCCGACAGCUAG